GGGCAGGUCGGCCAGGGGUAUUGCCGAAGGGUUGGCAAAUACAGCGGUCAUCUAUCUCGAUCACCCCUUAUAUGUUUCUUGGCGGCUAUUGGCCGCUUUGACACAAAGCACUGUCAAGGAGUGCGAUGAUUAGGCAGAAAGGCCGGGGCCUUCAGUACCGUGCCGCCAUCUUCCAGUUCCAGCACUCUCGAGCAUGGUGGAAAUCUAAAGACGGUACUUAAAGAAGACACAGUACUCGCCUGGUAUGUGCACUCCUAGGGAGCAAGAUUUUCCUGGCAAUCCAGGCAGUCUGAUUUCCAAUUGAAUGCCGCCAUGCAUCUCAAGUUUGCUUCACUGCUCAGUCUUGCCGGCCUCGUUCCCCAGGUUUCUGCGCACGGUCUUGUGAGGAAACCAGCAACACGUGCGCCCGGCCCGGCAAUGGAGGCGGCAUGCGGCAGGAUCGCAACCCAGUUCUAUCAGGCCGAUAAUACGUCGUAUCCCGAAGCCUUGUUGAGGGCGAAUCCAGGGGGUCUGAAGGCUCCCUAUGACCCCGGGAAGUGCAACCUCUGGCUCUGCAAGGGGUACCAGUUUGCCGACAACGCCGCCAACGUGCAGAGCUACCAGGCAGGUCAGGUUGUUGACCUCGAGGUCUGGAUCCGGAUCCCCCAUAAGGGGUACGCCAAUGUUUCGGUCGUCGACACGACCAGCAACAGCAUCAUCGGCACGCCCCUGACUUCUUGGCCCGACAACUACGCGGCCUCAACCAACCCGCCAGCGGACCAGACCAAUUUCAGCAUCAAGAUUCCGGAACUGGGAGACAAAUGCACCAGAGCUGGCGCUUGUGUCAUUCAAUGGUACUGGUUCGGUCAGAGGCAGACGUAUGAGUCCUGUAUCGACUUUACUGUUGCUACUUCGGCGGCGGAACCGGGAUAUUCCCACGAGCACAAAAUCAGGGGCCAGAUGCGGUUUUGAGUUGGGAGUAAGCUGCAAAGGCAUAGAAUUAGCCAUGGUCCGCCAUGACUUGAUGUGAGAAGGGAAUGGGGAUCGAGAUGAAGGGAGAGGCCUUGAUAGAACGAACGACUUCAGUCUUGUUCACCACUGCGAAAGAGCAGAGUAUGUCGAGUUCGUUGGUGUUGUGAGUUACGGGAGUUUCUCUUCUUUCCAGCCCUAGAACUUCCCAAUGGCUGCCGAGGCGACAAAGUGAGAGGUUUGUGAGUCGAGUUCAUCUCACAUGACUCAGAGGACUGGACAAAGGUAAGAAAGAAAUUGUGUCUUGAGCUCUUUGUCUGCGUUGUCUCCAUUGUGGUUAUUGCAGCUCUUUCACACUGAGACGCUUGAAAUGAUUAUAUGUCGCAACAUUUG